CUGGCCUGGUGGCAGGGAGUUGUGUUGAGGAUGAAGAGCGUGGAGAUGGACGGCAACCAGGCCCUCUUCUGCACGGACGCCCAGAGUGUCUCUCUACAUCCCCAAGGAAAACUCCGAAUCUCCAGGAUCCCAAGGGUGCUUCGGAUUACUCUGGCAUUUAUGACGGCCGCCCUUGCCUCGGUCUUUGUGGCUCUUUGUGUUAUUGCUUUGCAGAACCGAAGACAUGCCCCUGAGGCUCACGCCUUCCUGCAAGACUCUCCAGAAGUGAACAGCACCAGGAAGGAAGUGGACGAUUCCCAUUCUGGCAGUCUGGCAGAAUUACAAGAGGUUGUCCAAAACCUUCAAGUCCGUGUGGAAAAUUCCAGCACCUGGAGUGUGGAGUUCCAGGAGUUGACUUGCAGAGUGGAUAACAUCAGUUCUCAGGUCCAGGUGUUCAGUGAUUUCCUGGAAAACACCAGAGCUGAAGUCCAGAAGGCAUUAAAUGAUCAGUUGAAAAAUGCCAAGAGAGAGAUACAGACCCUAAAACAAGAAAUGAAGGUAGCUGAGGCCUUGAAGUCCAAGGUCCAAGUGUUAGAGGGUGAUCUGCAGAAGGCCAACGCUGAGAUCCAGAGGUUGAAAGGGAAUGCAGAAGAAACCAAAACUCUGGCUGCAAAAAUCCAGAAGGAAGAGCGUGGCAUGGUGGCCCUCCAGGCAGCCAUAGCGUCACAGGAGCAACUACAGCAGACACAAAAUCAACUUCUCCAGCUGAUUCUGCAAGGCUGGAAGAUCUACAAUGGAGCCUUAUAUUACUUUUCUCAAACCAAGAAAUCUUGGCAGGAUGCCGAGAAUUUCUGUGUGUCCUGGGGAGCUCACCUGGCCUCGGUGACCUCUGAGGAAGAGAAGGACUUUCUGGUCACAUUCACAAAGGACUCUUUCCACUGGAUCGGGCUCACAGACCAGGGCACAGAGGGUGUCUGGUACUGGAUAGACAAAACCCCGUUCAAUGAUGCCCAGAGCAAAAAGUUUUGGGACAAAAAUCAGCCGGACAACUGGAUGUAUGGGGAAGGGAGAUCGGAAGACUGUGUGCAAAUGCAGCAGAAGUGGAACGACAUGUACUGUAAUGCUCCCUACCAGUGGGUGUGUAAGAAGCCUGGUGGUGGGAUUAGAUCAGGCCCCAACUGAGAGAUGCUGCCCACCCGCCCCUAUGCUGGGGCUCAGCCUCCUCCCCAGGCCACCGAGUUCAGCCUGUGAAUGCAGCUUGUUCUCAGGAUCUUCCAUUGGGCUUUUUGUAUUCCCUGCUCAUGUCUUCUGGUUUAACCCUUCCAAUGUGUUUCUCUCACAUGAUCCAGCAUUAGCAAUGGCUCCAAUAAGACAAAAGAUCACUGUAUCUUUGAACCCCCUCAGUACCCCAACAAGCCUGUUAGAUCUGGGACCUCAAUAAAGACAUGUUG